AUGUCUCCAAUUGACAGAUACGAUUCACACUGCCACUUUUCCCCCAGAAUUACUGAGGAAGUUUUUACAAAAGAGGUGGUUCCACACUUAAUGAAUCAAGAAUGGCCGAUUAAUCUAAUGAUGACCAAUCAUAUCGAUGAGCCACUAGUAACAACAUUAGUUGACAUGAAUCCAAACGUAAUGGCAAAUGUUGGAAUCCAUCCAUGGUUCACGCAUUUAUAUACAUUUGAGGCGGACAUUUCAAAGGAGGACCACUACCAUAAGGUUCUUGAAAAAUAUUCCAAGAAUUGGAAGUACGAUCACCCGAUAACAGAAUUCACACGUUUUCUGCCCGAUCCUAUACCAAUACAUGCAACUUUGAAGAGGUUCAAAGCGACAUUGCUUGGAUGUAGUUUUGUGAAUGUAGGUGAGAUAGGAAUUGAUAAAAGUGCUCGGGUUCCUAGGUGUGGCUUUUUAGGGAACACGGAAACUGGCGACAUUGCAGGUCUGUCAAACUACAAAGUUUCCAUGGAACACCAGCUGAGAGUUUUACUGGCGAUUCUUGAUAUUGUGGCGGAAGUUGGUGUGAAGAGUGUUUCGAUACACUGUGUGAAUGCGCAUGGGAUACUAUACGAUGUCCUGAAGCCACUGAAUUUUGCCAAUAAGAUACCCCGGAUCGUGAUGCAUUCGUAUAGCGGGAGUGUAGAAAUGGCGAAGAUGCUGCUGAAGUUGAAAAAUGUGGAUAUUUGGUUUGGACUCAGUGAUUAUGUGAAUCUCGGGAGGAGCAAUAUCAGGGAGAUUGUCUUUUGCACCAGAGAGAAACUCCUUGUGGAAACUGACCUUGGCGUUGAUACGAUGGGUGAGAGCCACGGGAAAACCAUUGACCUUGUAGUUUCUAAGUUGGAAGCGUUGGGUGUGGAUAGGAAUACGUUGAUGGAUAACUGGAUACGUUUUAAUUCACACUAA